AUGGCAACUGGUGGAACGGAUUUAGAAUCACAGAAGACUGAAAUACGUGAUCUUUUAAAAACACCUCUGAAGAAGGGUGAUAGGUGGUAUCUUUUGGAUACGAAAUGGUUCAAGCAAUGGAAACAGUACGUUAAUUACGAAGCUUGGGAUGCAUUGAUUGCUGGUCAACAAGAAGCACACCCAGGACCUAUUGAUAAUUUACCAUUGAUAGACGAUAGCACUGGAAGAUUGAAGGAGCACCUAAUCGAUGAAGUAGAUUAUCAGCUGGUACCGCUCAAUGCUUGGAAUAAACUAGUCUCAUGCUACGGACUAGUGGAUGAUCAGGUACCAAUAGAACGUUUAGUAAUAGAACAGGGAAUGUUUGUCAAAAUCUGUAAAAUAGAAACAUAUCCGUUAGAGAUAAAGAUGUGUCCACGACAGUUUCAAUCUGAAUAUGUCAUUCAAUCUAUGAGUCGCGCUGAUUUAAUAAUAUUCACAACAUUGUAUGCUGCCGUGACAACAUUAUAUGCAACUGUCGGAACAUUAUAUGCAGUGUCAUAA